AAAUAUAAUUCGGAACUCAGGUGGUAAAAAAAAAUGAAGAAAUGCAUACUCAACCACCUCACCAAUGCUCGAGGUUCUGAUCUCAUGAGUCUCGAGCUUUCUUUCACUUCUCUUAAUGGUGGAACUCUUUGGCUUUUGCCUAUUGAGAGAGUAACCGUGCAGCUCUUACCUAGCCUUUAGGGCAAGUUAAGCCUUCCCCUAAAUCAGCUUCAUCUUUAAAACGAGGAUUAGUUAGGCCUGGUUCUUAUGUUGCUUUUUCCAUUUGAAGGCAGGAUAUCCAACAUAAGAUCUGAAUCAUGUUGAAGUUAAGGGCUUUUCGCCCUACAAAUGACAAGAUCAUGCGGAUUCAGACGCACCCUACGUAUCCAUGGAUUGUGACUGCGGAUGCAUCGGAUCAUGUGGUUGUCUGGAAUUGGGAGCAUCGCCAGAUUAUUUAUGAGCUUAAAGCUGGGGGUGUGGAUGAGAGGCGUUUGGUGGGGGCAAAGCUUGACAAGCUUGCUGAGGGCGAGACUGACUCAAAAGCAAAACCCACAGAAGCCAUGCGGGGAGGGAGUGUUAAGCAGGUGAGCUUUUAUGAUGACGAUGUUCGUUUUUGGCAACUUUGGCGCAACCGUUCUGCAGCUGCCGAGGCACCUUCUGCAACAAAUCAGCUCUCCUCUGCCUUCAGUUCUCCAGUGUCUUCAACAAAGGGUAGACAUUUUCUUGUUGUUUGUUGUGAGAAUAAAGCCAUAUUUCUCGACUUGGUUACAAUGCGUGGCCGUGAUGUACCCAAGCAAGACCUUGACAACAAAUCCCUUAUCUGUAUGGAGUUUCUUUCAAGAUCUGCUGCUGGUGACGGCCCACUUGUUGCAUUUGGUAGUUCAGAUGGUGUGAUCAGGGUCCUUUCAAUGAUUACAUGGAAGCUUGUUCGCAGAUAUACUGGUGGUCAUAAGGGAUCGAUUUCUUGCUUGAUGACAUUCCUAGCUUCAUCUGGUGAGGCACUCCUAGUUUCUGGCGCUAGUGAUGGUUUGCUUGUUCUUUGGAGUGCUGACCAUAUUCAAGAUUCUCGUGAACUUGUACCCAAACUGAGUUUAAAGGCUCAUGAUGGUGGACUUGUAGCUGUUGAACUUUCCAGAGUAUUGGGAGGUGCGCCGCAACUGAUUACAAUUGGUGCUGAUAAGUCCUUGGCUAUUUGGGACACUGUUUCCUUUAAGGAGAUGCGGCGUAUUAAACCCGUUUCAAGGGUUGCUUGUCACAGUGUGGUUUCUUGGUGCCAUCCUCGUGCUCCGAGCCUUGAUAUCCUAACUUGUGUUAAGGAUUCCCAUAUUUGGGCGAUAGAACAUUCGACUUAUUCCGCGGUGACACGACCCUUGUGUGAGCUGUCUUCAUUAAUUCCUCCAAGUGUGCUUGCACCAAAUAAAAAACUGCGGGUAUAUUGCAUGGUUGCACAUCCUUUGCAACCACACCUUGUAGCAACUGGUACCAAUAUUGGUGUGAUUCUCAGUGAAUUUGAUGCUAGGUCUCUACCGGCUGUGGUUCCUUUACCAACACCUCCAGGAAAUAGAGAACAUUCUGCUGUGUUUGUUGUUGAAAGAGAACUUAGACAGCUGAGUUUUCAGUUGUCUGCGCCUGCAAGUCCUUCUUUAGGAAGCACUGGUUCUUUGCCUGAAACAGAACGGUCAAGGGCAGAGUCAAUAGAGCCAUUACCUGUUAAGCAGACAAAGAAGCACCUAGGGGCCCCUGUUCCCCAUGAUUCAUAUUCAGUUCUUUCAGUGAGCACAUCUGGCAAGUAUGUUUCAAUUGUGUGGCCGGAUGUUCCUUAUUUUUUAGUGUACAAAGUAAAUGAUUGGUCAGUAGUUCAUUCAGGCAUAGGAAGACUUUUUGCUUGGGAUACAUGUCGUGAUAGAUAUGCUGUGGUGGAAUCUGCAUUGCCUCCAAGAGUGCCUCUCAUUCCUAAAGGGACUUCCAGAAAAGCAAAGGAAGCUGCUGCAGUUGCGGCUCAAGCUGCCGCUGCUGCUGCCAAUGCAGCAUCCGCAGCCACUGUCCAAGUGCGUAUUUUACUGGAUGAUGGGACCUCUAAUGUUCUGGCACGUUCUAUACAUGGACGCAGUGAGCCGGUUAUUGGCUUGCAUGGUGGUGCAUUGCUUGGUGUAGUAUAUAGAGCAACACGAAGAGUGAGCCCUACCACUGGAACUGCAAUCUCUUCUAUUCAAUAUAUACCGGGCUUUGGACAUGGUGCUCAUUCAUCAUUUACUCCUGUUGACGAUGCCAUGAAGGUCUCAACUGCUGAAAUGUCAACAAACUUUCAAAACUUCGAGCUCUAUAGUUGGGAAACCUAUGAACCUGUGAGCACUCUUCUUUCUCAACCAGAAUGGACUGCAUGGGACCAGACUGUCGAAUAUUGUGCUUUUGCUUAUCAGCAGUAUAUUGUGAUUUCCUCGUUACGUCCUCAGUACAGAUAUCUAGGGGAUGUGGCAAUUCCGUCUGCGGUCAGUGGAGUCUGGCAUCGAAGGCAGUUAUUUGUUGUAACACCAACUGCAAUUGAAUGUGUUUUUGUGGAUGCUGGUGUAUCAUCAAUUGAUCUAGAAACAAUAAAGAAAAAGGAAGAGUUGAAGGCAAAGGAAGCACAUGCUAGAGCUGUAGCUGAGCAUGGGGAGUUAGCACUGAUCGCAGUUGAUGGUCCAAAAGCUGUUGCUCACGAAAAGAUACCCUUGAGACCUCCAUUGCUUCAGGUUGUAAGGUUGGCUUCUUUCCAGUAUGCGCCUUCUAUUCCACCAUUCAUAAGUAUGCCAAAACAGUCUAAAAUGGAUAUGGAGGACAUGGUUCCAAGAGAGAUGGAGGAACGAAAGGUCAAUGAGAUAGCUGUUGGUGGUGGAGGGGUGUCGGUGGCAGUCACACGUUUCCCUCCAGAGCAGAAGCGUCCAGUUGGUCCUCUUGUUGUUGUUGGUGUCAGAGAUGGGGUCCUCUGGCUGAUUGACAGGUACAUGUGUGCCCAUGCUAUAGCUCUUAGCCACCCAGGUAUCCGUUGCCGCUGUCUUGCUGCCUAUGGGGAUGCUGUUAGUGCGGUUAAAUGGGCUAGUAGGCUUGCUAGGGAGCACCAUGAUGACUUGGCUCAAUUUUUGCUUGGAAUGGGAUACGCAACUGAAGCUCUUCACUUGCCUGGAAUAUCUAAGAGGUUGGAGUUUGACUUGGCAAUGCAGAGCAAUGAUCUGAAACGAGCACUUCAAUGUCUAUUAACCAUGAGCAAUAGCAGGCAUAUUGGGCAAGAAAAUGUUGGGAGAGAAGUAACAGAGAUCCUCAAUUUAGCAGCUAAAGCAGAAAACUUAGUAGAUACUGUCCAAGGAAUAGAAAAAUUUGCAAAAGAAUUUCUCGAUCUUAUUGAUGCCGCUGAUGCAACUGCACAAGGUGAUAUUGCUCGGGAAGCUCUUAAGAGGCUGGCUGCUGCUGGUUCUGUAAAAGGGGCUUUGAAGGGUCAAGAGUUGAGAGGGUUGGCACUACGACUUGCAAAUCAUGGAGAGUUGACACGCUUGAGUGUUCUAGUAAAUAAUCUGAUCUCAGCAGGCCAAGGACGUGAGGCUGCAUUUGCGGCUUCGGUAUUGGGAGACAAUACUCUCAUGGAGAAGACAUGGCAGGAUACUGGCAUGCUAGCAGAGGCUGUUCUCCAUUCACAUGCUCAUGGACGCCCAUCACUUAAGAGCCUGGUUCAGGCGUGGAACACCAUGUUACAGAAGGAGCUUUCCAACAUUCCCACUUACAAAUUAGUCAAACUGGACCUGCAAUCAGCUGCAUCCUUAGAGGAACCAAAGCUAACAAGCUUAGCAGAGGCAGGCAAGAAACCGCCAAUUGAGAUUCUUCCUCCGGGUAUGCCUUCACUACCUUCGUCAAUCACAGCUAAAAAGCCACCAACUCCCACUCCUCAAGGGACACAGCAACAAAGCAAACCACUUCUCAUAGAAGCUUCUCCGCAACCAAAAGAAACACCAGAGGUCCCACCUUCUGAGCCUGAAGCACCGAGUGAAACUAAGCCUGAAGCAUCGAGUGAACCUAUGCCUGAAAUUCCAAGUGAAAAUAAGCCUGGAGGACCAAAUGAAACUAAACCUGCAGCACUGAGCGAAAGUGUUCCUGUAGAAUCAGAGUUAUUUUAAUGGUUGUUACUUCAUUCUUUUCUUUUUAUUUUGAAUGUAUGUCUCACAGAUUGUAUAUUAGUCAUUCUUUGUACUGGUUUGCUGUCUCUUUUUGGUUGCUUUCUUACCUCUUUUGAAGGGGUGAUGAAUUUUCACUUUGAUUUGAUUUUAUGUUGUGCAUUUUAUUCAUGUAGUAAUGCAAAGCUCAUUAUUUCCCGGGCAUUUGGAUA